UUUUUUCCGCCUGGGGAAGAUGAUGUCUGUCCGACCGUUCUAGACCUGGGCUGAGGCUCAACGGUUUUGGAUCACAUGCGCAUGAGAAACCAUUGGCAUUUUGCCUUUUCUUUACUUUUUUUUUCUUGUCUCCCUAAUCACCUGAUUUCUUUUCUUUUCAUUUUUCAUUUUUCAUUCAUUCAACUCCGAGUGUUAAUCCAUCGUAUUGAUCAGAAGAUCGCCUAUCACCGCCACUCACGCCUCGCUUAUAAGCGGAGGGAACAAGGUGCCGGUUGUCCCCUCUUUGAGAUCCACAAGGGGAACUCCGUAGUCACGGUCCGCUCCGAGCUUGGCAGCGUUGAAAUUGCGCUUCUCAACUUCCGCAACACCGAGCAUGUCCAGCAACUCCAAGGAUUUCUGCGGCAUGAAAGGUUGCAAGAGGAUGCCGGCUAUGCGGAGCGAUUCUGCAGUUGUGUAUAGUACAUCGUUUAGUUGGUUGGGGUUGUCGGCGCUGGGGUUUUUCACGAGGGACCAUGGUUGCAUUUCGUGGAAGUAUUUGUUUGUCUGGAUGGGUUGCAUGGAUACUGUGGUUAGUACUUCGGGUAGGGAAAGAAAGGAGGAAAAAAAUAUAGAAAAGGAAUGGAAGAGGGAUUGGAGAUGCUUUGCACCUGGUAUAUAAUUUCCAUAAUACUAUUCAGCGCCCUGCGCGGGUCAAGCUGCUCCAUCUCCGCUUUCACUCGCUCCGGUAUCAUCUCAAGAAGAUCGUGAUGUUUAUCCCUUGUCAACUGGCCCUCAGUCGCCAUGACAAUACUGUCUCUGACAUUCCACUUCUUCCCCCGCAGAAGCCGACUCGUAAGGUUUCCGAUGCCCCACUGCAAGCCCUUCUUGUACCGUUCGAUGAUAUAGGAGUUUUCAUAGUCCGAAUCAGAGGACUGAGCGCCGUCAAUCGUGAGGUAGAAGCGCAUCGUGUCGAUGCCGAAUCGUUCAAUGGCAAAGUUCGGAUUGACCACGUUGCCAGUGGACUUGGACAUUUUCUCAUGGUUAAUUGUCCAGUGACCGUGUGCUAGGAUUUGGCGAGGGAGUGGAAGGUCUAAUGCCAUCAGGAAUGCGGGCCAAUAUAUGCAAUGGAAUCUGCUCCGAAACGAGUAUUAGUUUUUUUUGCAAUACGUCUAUUUGUGGACGCUGGGGGCUGAGUCCGUGAUCGAUUCCACUCACCGCAGUAUAUCUUUGCCAACUACAUGCACAUUUGCCGGCCAAAUCGAUUUAGAACCAUGGGGGAAGGGGUAUCCUGCAUAUGUUAUGUAGUUCACCAGCGCAUCCAACCAGACGUAAAUGACUUGAGACUCGUCAUAAGGCACUGGAAUUCCCCACUUCAACCGACUGGCGGGUCUCGAAAUCGAUAAAUCCUGUAGUCCCGACGAGACGUCGCUUACAAUUCCAUCCAUGUAGUUUCUCGGCGUGAUGAACCCGGGAUUCUUCCUGAAAUGCUCAAGCAAUGGCUCCUUGAACGCCGAUAACCGGAAAUGAUAAUUCUCCUCUGACGUCCACUGGACUUCUUUCCCGGUUUCAACAGACGUCUAUGGGAAGGAUAGAAUGUUAGCUAGGGGCAACCAUUGAAACUGACAAGGAGGAAACGCACAAUUAUUUUCCGUCCUGUUGACGGGUCAAGGGUCGGCUGGACUGCUGAGGGAGGAUAGAAUGCUUCGUCACUGACGGAAUACCAUCCUUCGUGUUUCGACGUGUAUAUAUAGCCCCGGUGGUUGAGCAUGUCCUACCCAGAAGUCAAUAUUGCCAUUUCAUAUGGGAUUUGAGAUAUCGCACUCCACAUACCCAAAAGUAGCGCACUGCCUCCUUAUGCUCGGCGUCCGUCGUCCGUAUAAAAUGGUCGUACUCCACAUUUCCUUUUCUAGCAAGAUUCUUCAAUCUUGUUAGAAGGAAAUUGCCAUCACGAUUUCCCAAACAACGGUCUUCGGAUUGGCUAUCAUACCUUAAACGUCAGGCAGUUCUGAUCGCAUAGCUCUUGCGGUGUCAUCCCGAGUGCGGCCGCCGCUUGUUGAAUCUAUACCCCAAAAUUUCCAAUGAGCGCUGUGUCUAAAAUACGCCAUAUCCGAUCCCAAUCAAUCAUACCUUCAACCCAUGCUCAUCCGUACCCGUAAGGAGCUUUGCAUCCGUAUUACCCAAUAGAAUCUGCCACCGUUUCAACACAUCUGCGACUAUCAUGGUAUAUAGGUGGCCCACAUGCGGAGCUACGCGCAACAAAAGAAAAAAAAGAAACCAAAUAUAGGCGUCGUGACAUAAAAUGGCUUCUUAUCGGCAGCCUGUGACGGUGCUGUGCUGAGAGCCCGCCAUUGCGGUCUCCGACGGAACGAAUUUCUGCAUGGUGAACAUAUCCACGGGCGCCUGUUUGUUGGCUUUGUAAACCUCGCCGCUCGGGAAAUAGCGCGAAGCCCGAAGUCUAGCAUAAUUGCCUGGGCUUUUGUGAGCUGGGAUGCAACUUGAACAGCGAGUUGCGGCGAGAAAGUUGAGUUCCGGGAAACGAGCACGUGGUCCGAGCUUCUAGAACAACCCCGAAACAAAUAUUUUCCUUUGACACCACGUCCUAUAUUUUAUUGUCAAGGCAUCCUUAACAAUCAACAUAGUCAACACUGCUGUCUACUGCGUACGGCUAGAUAUUGGCAAAGGCCUGUUCUACUAGAAGCUCGUGAGAGCUGCACAUUUACUUGUUUUUACCUCCUGCAUUUUUGCCAAACUGCAAGUCAAUCAACACACCCACCACCUCUACCAUGGCGCAAGUGACGGAGGAUACCCUCACUAAGAUAUCUACGGAGGCCGCCUCAGACUUCGUCCAAUCCUUCUACCCCGCCCUCCAAUCCGCGCGAAACACCAUCGCCUCGUACUACGCCCCCGCCCCAACUCUCUGCAAAAUACUCUUCAACGGCAACGUCGUCGCAUAUGGGUCCUCCGUACAAGAAAUCUUCGCAAACCAAAUGCCACCCGCACACUACGAGGUACACUCAUACGACUGCCAAAUCAUCAACACGAAUUAUCCCGCGAUUCCUGCGGCAUCAUCCACCGCAACAGCCAGCGCAAAGCCAUUAUCGAGCUCCGCAGCGGCAAGGAAUAUGUCAAUCCUGGUGAUUGUGAAUGGGUCUGUGAGGUUUGGGGAGGAGAGGGGCCCGGGAGACUUGUCAAAUCGGGGAUUUAGUGAAACGUUUGUUCUGGUACCGAAUACACAGGCUGAUGCUGGGGGCUUGCAGGCUAGGGGGAAGAAACAUUGGUUGAUCCAGAGUCAGAAUUUUAGGUUGGUUGUGUGAGACGUUUAUAGGAAUGGGAGAAGAGGAGACUGUGAAUAUCUGAAGAGCUUAUAUUUUGGGAAGAGCUUGUUGACCGUCCAUGGCUGGGACGAUAUAUGAACUUUCUAACAUGCAAGACAGCUGGGAUUAUUUGAAAGGAAUACAAGAGGAGGCAUGUUGGACUAGGAAUUUACCCCGACGGCCUGCUCGAACUGAAUAUACAAUGCAAUACUAGCGCCAUAUCCGACGGGAAAGGGAAACGAAUCAACAUAAGGUAUAUCUAGGCCAACCACCAACACUAUUUUCUCGGAUGUCUCAAAUUCGCCUUCACGCGUUCGACCAGAUCCUCUCUUGACGCAGUCGAACUUGGCAGGAGACCGCGCUGUGGGGAUGGAUUGGUUACGUCAGAUGAGAAAUUCUUACCCGCAUAAAUUUACCUGGGGCCUUUUGGGGCGGGGGAAACGGCUUAAAUUGGACCAGCACAUACCGAACUAAGCCACCGUCUCAGUUCCUCUAUUGACCAGUUUUCUGGGUCUUGAAAGAUGGGUUAGCAAGGGUUGAGUGAAAAGAAGGACCUGUGGAUAUCUGGGAUUGGAAAACAACAUACUUCCUGUUGGGUCUGGUUCUGCGGGAAACAUAUCGCCACCCCAGAUCGUCCAUGCUGCCGCCGCUGUUACAAGACCUGCGAAUCCUGCAAAUACAGUCAGCUAAACAGCCGUGGAAUGAUUUAUUGUAUUGUUUGCAUUUACCAAGGAAUAGAUUCUAUCGAGCAGUGGGAAUUAGCAUGGAUACAUACUGGAUUAUAAUAAUAGUUUGCUAAUAUGUAUUUCAGUAGCUGUACCUUUGAAUUCAAAGCUUUAUCCAACGGAGUAGGCAUCUUGGCAACUAUAUUUUCUUAUGUAUAAUCUUGACUUAUAAGGUAGUAAAGGUAUAUCGAUUAACAAGGACACAUUCCCCCUAUCAAAACAGCGUCGCCUAAUAUUCUUACAUAAUCAGAUCCAUCCAAUGCCAAGCCUCAUGCAUGGGCCUACCUAC